CCUUAUUUCAGUCAGGUGCCAGGCGCCGAACACGAAGCAUCGUGCGACGCUCCGACCCGCAGAACCUUUCGCGAUACCUUUUCGUUAUAUUUAACAGUUCGUCAAAUAAUUAAAAAUUGAUUCAGGAAAAUGUUUACAAAUCUUUUUAGAACAGAUUUGUAAUGAAGAGAUUUUAGAAAGCCCAGAUUCUGUGAAUUUCAGCAGUGGUUUUGUGAAACGCCCAAGUGUUAGAUUUUCGCGCCCAGGAUGUCCCGCCACGUGCUUCUGUCCCGCCUGGCGGAGCACUUCCAGGCGGCUUCGCCCCCCGGCCAGCGGUUCCCGUCGCCGGACAGGAGCGUGUCCCCCCACACGCCCACGUCGCCGCGCUCUCCCCCCCAGUCGCCGGACUCUCUCGCACAGCAGCGCUUGGACCUGCUGCAGCUGGGAGACAUUGAGAUUGCAGGCCGUGCUCUCAAACAGUACGCCAGGGCUACAGAGCUGGGAGCCUUGAUGUACUGCAGCGGGCUGGGCGCACUGUACGGCGGCGCCGGAGUGUGGCCGCUACUGCUGCCGCAAGCGCCACACUUUGCGCCAAGUGAUCACGCAAGACAUACACCGCCCCGAGACGAUGAUGAAGAAGAGUUACCAUUAAACUUAUCGACGAAAAAUAGACAGAUUUGGUCGCCGGGCAGUGCGUGUGAACGUGAGCAAAUAGAAACUGAGAGAGAAUCGCCAGCGUCGCGUUGGGACGAGCGCGAAGAUCUAGAACCCCUCGAGCUCGUGAAGAGAUGCCGCAGCAGCUCUGAUGAUGACAGGCUCUCCGGCUCCGAGUCCCGACGCUGUCCAUCAGAGCCGUCCUUCAACACCUACCUACCACCGCCGCCUCAGCCAGACAUGAACUUUUCACUCCUUCUCAAGAAUGAAAACAAAAAUGAAAAAUCCUUUCAGUGCAAGCAAUGCGGCAAAUGCUUCAAGCGCUCCAGCACGCUGUCCACGCAUCUGCUUAUCCACUCCGACACCAGGCCCUACCCGUGCCAGUACUGCGGGAAACGAUUCCACCAGAAGUCCGAUAUGAAGAAGCACACCUACAUACACACAGGUGAAAAGCCGCAUAAAUGCGUCGUAUGCUCUAAAGCCUUCAGCCAAAGUUCGAAUCUGAUCACGCAUAUGCGGAAGCACACCGGUUACAAGCCUUUUUCAUGCGGGCUAUGCGAAAAGGCAUUCCAACGUAAAGUUGAUCUCCGACGUCACAGGGAGUCCCAGCAUGCGGAGGUGGACUCUCCGGCCUGCCCCGUCCUACCACGUCACCGCUAUACAUACUACGGCGAGGAACAAGCUCCGUUAACUCCACUUAUCUCUAACUGAAUCUGACAUACAAACAAUCACUUAACUAUUUCAAGCCUGUGAAAAUCAUACAUCGACAUAAAAAACUUGAUGGUAAGGGCCACACUUUUACUGAACAUUUAUUAUCCUAAAUUCUAUGGUUUCUGUGAAAAUAUCUGUCGCUGUGGAAGUUUCAUAAACCAUUUAUCACUUUCACAAUUUUUUUUCCUGAAAUAUUUAAAAUAUAUACAAUAUACAUAGGUAUAAUCAAAAUGAUGAAAAUACAACUAGGCAUAAUGUAUCCUCAGGCCAAUUACCUUCUAAUAGACUUAUAGCGCACUCAAAUUCACCAACGAAAUUGUCUGUCGUUUUUUGAGGGGGAGGUAGGGAGGAGGUACACACAUCGAAAGUAUUUAACACCAAUUAAUAUAUCCGGUGCCCUUCUUUACACUACUAAAUUGUUAUACACACACGUGUAAUUUUAACACAAUGAAACAUCGAUUCUAUAGACAGUUUGUAUGAAGACGUUUGAUCAUGAUCAUAUAGUUUAGACAAAGGGGUAACCUCUAGCGUGGCAGAGCCUAUAGAAGGUAAUUGGUCUAAGGUAUCUUCUAACGUCAAACACAGCAAGUUUAUAGAACAAAAUCAGCAUCUAGGUACGUUAAGUGUUUCAAGCUAUUCGUACCAAUUAUGUAUUAAUUUUUCAAAAGUAAUUUUAUGUAUCAUCUUGCAUUUUUUAAGUUGUUCUUAAUAUAAUUGUUGUAUGGGGAAGUUAUUACCUUGGCGAUGCGUGUAUAAGUAAUAUCGAGACGGCCAUGAUUCUUACGUUGUUCACUAUUCAGUUAAUGUAGCCAAAGAUUUUGAGCAAUUACUUUUAAGUCGAGUCACGCUAUGAAAAGACGAGGAAAUCGAGGAGUUAAUACUUUUUGUAAUAUAUACAUGAUAUAAGUAUGUUACCUUUAAAAUAUUACCUAUAGGUACGCUGAAAUACAAAUAAGCACGAAAAUACUUAUCCAAUAAUAAUGUGAUCUAUCAUCCGUCCUUAUUAAACUUUUGAUAUAGGUACAUAGUUUACCUAUGUAGGUAUAUUAAGUUUUUAUUAUAUAUAAUUCAAAUAAUACGACGUCCAUUCAAUAAUUUUACCACAAUUAAUAUGGUUAAAUUAAUUAAAAUACCAGAUGAAUACCUAGUGUUUAAUAACUACUAAGUAACUAACUAUGUAGUAAAAUAUUUUUCCAUCCAUGUAGGUACCUAAUAUUUACUUAAACCCUAAGCUUGUCACUGGUUAAAGUUAUGCUCUAUGAUAGAGUCUCGCCCUAACAACACAAAGAAGACCUUUAUCACGAAGAAAAAUAAAAUUACGCUUCAUACUUGGACAAUCAAGAAUCUUUCAAAUCUCUUUUCUUCCAAAGCCAUCCUGAACCAAACAGCAUAGUUGCCUAUCGGAUAAUGGUAGGCGUCCACUGAUCCGCAUUGUACAUAUCAGUCGUAUCGCAUCAAACGGAUUUUUAAUUUUACAGCAGAUAAAAUCCGUUCGAUGCGUAUCAGUGGACGUACUUUGUAGUGGACAUUCUAUACAAAGAAUAUUAAAAUCCGUUUCAUGCGAUGAAUCCGAUGAGAUUCAAUGCAAAUCUGUGGACGCCUGUCGUUAAAAGCAUUGAAUAACAAAAUUUAAUUAUGGUGUAACUGUAAUUUAAAUAAUCUCUCUUAAGUAAAGUAUAUAUACAGGAGUGGGAUUUCUAUAGCUUGUGAAACAAUUAAAUCUUAUUCAUAUCGAUUAGAGACAUUAUCUAAGCUUUUGGAUUGGACAUUUAGUUACUAAAAUAAUUGCUUAUGAAAUAAUAUUUCAAAAAAAGGUCAAAUGAGGCAUUAUAUUGUGCUGUUAUAUCAAAAAUAAUACCUACGGUCCUAUAUCUAAGUAUAUACCUUUAAUUUUUUACUUUGCGUUUUUCUGUAUUAACUAGACAAACGAAACGUAUUAAGUUAUAUUACAUAAGAUGUUACCUGUAAAAACUUAUAUUUAUAGUCUAUACCUACUACUGUAAAAUAUUUUGAAUAUUAUGUGUAUAGAGUGAGUCUAAUACAAACCAAAGUGAAGUGUUUUAAGCCAUAAAACACUAUAUAUUUAUGUAGAAUUAUGAGUUAUGAAUUAUGUAAUUGUAGUAUAAAUACCUAACUGAUAAUACCUACUUAUUAUAUUAUUAUGUAACAAGUAAUCUAAGGACUACCAAUUAUUAUUUAUUUUUAUUUUAUACAAAACUUUGGCAUUGCAUAAUAUAAUAAAUUGUAUAGGUACUUGAUGUGUUAUGUAUUGAUUGUCGUUUAUGAAAGUUAACGGAAAAGCUACCAACUGUUACCAACUUUUCAUGCAUUUGGUCUGUUACCAUGUUCUAUCCACAGUAAAAUAUUUACUGUGUUCUAAAAUAACAAAACUAACAUAUUUUUAAUGAAGCGAAAAAUGUGAUAGGAUACAUUUACCUAUAUUUAAACCUUUUCUUUUAUAGUUUUGUUUACUUAUAAGUAACAUGCAUUUCUAGAAUUAAGUUUUAAGCAUUUAAUUUAUGUGAAUUGAUUAUAUUUUCUUUUAAAGACUGUUCGCAAAUCCUAGGUCAUUGUGCUUUAUUGUUUAUUAGAUGAAUUUGAUAGAGACGCUAAUAAAUGUUUUACUUAUAAAUAGAUACAUUGUAUAGGUAUAGUGCCUCAAUGCAAUCACAAUUAGGUAACACGUGUUCUGAAAUAAAGAAAAAAGGGUUACGUUGGAUAACUAUGUACGAGUAGGUGCACGUACAAUGACUAACGGCUAGAACACCAAAGAGUACAGCUAUGAUUGUUUACCUAUACCUACCUACUGUAAUUUUUGUAACUAUAAGUAAGUAGUUUUGUAAAGGAGUGUCUUUUUGAGACGGAUUGUAAAAGCUACCCUACAAAAUUCUUCGGAAUAUUUUUCGUGUAAACUUGACUUGAAAAGAGUUUUAAAAGGGUUGUUCCUCUAAAUUCUUGUUAUAUUUAGAGAAAGGAACCACUAAAGUCCGCCUCUAAAGUCACUCUACGCAAGAAUAAGUAAUUUGUGGACCAUCUUACUUAAGCUUUUAUUAUAUUGUUGCGUUGUAGAUAGGCUUCGUCCGACUAAGGGCUGAUGUAUAAACAUUUUAAUGUUUUUGAAGUUCCGUACAAAAAUUUUUUAUGGGGAAAUUAAAAUAUAGACCUAAAAGAUAUUUCACUGCAAUUUUCAUCCUAAAAAUUACAUUAACAACUUAUAAUUUGUAUAAAAAAAUUAUCCAUAGGUAAAUUCAAGCAAUGAGAGACCUUGAUAUCGAAUAGGCUCCCUAAAAUUCAAACAGCUUUACCAGUUUACUACAAGUGAAAAUUAUGGAAAAGUAAAAUAAGCUGAAAGUUUAAAUACCGAUACGAAAUGACUUCCCAGGUAGUUCGUAUUAGAAAUUACUACCUAGGUAAUAGUUUUACUAAUUUCGGUAUUGGGCAAUUUUGGACGAUACGAAGUUAGUCGAAUCAACGGUUUAUCUAUUAGAUAUUAGAGACGUUUUACGUCAGCUUUUAGACCGACUAUUAAGUACACUUGCACUAAAGUUGCACGGUCAAACCGCUAUGCGACACCUACUAGCGACCAUUGUGUUUUGAUAAGAACACUCUAGUAGUAAACAAAUACAUACAUAUAACGUAUUCAGUUUGGCGGUACAAAGUCUCGUCAAGUCAUUUUUUUUAGUUUUAAUUUAUUAACUAAGGCCAGUUCAAUAUAAAUAUUUUAUUGUGA